GUAUUUGCUUAAGUCUGCCUCUGCAUUCAUGGGAAUCUGAAGACUUUUAUAGCAAAUCGUCCAGGGUCAAAAUGAAUACAGAUAGCGGUGGGUGCGCUCGCAAACGCGCUGCCAUGUCUGUCACAUUAACAGCCGUGAAGAGAGUUCAGAGUUCUCCAAACCUGCUGGCUUCAGGUUCUGAAUCUCAGUCUCCAGAUUCAGCUUGGAGGUCGURUGAUGGAAGUAGAGAGACCCUGAAUGGAGACACUAGCAGUUCGUCUCUCACAGCAAAAGGUUUUAGGAGUGUGCGGCCAAACCUCCAGGAUAAAAGAUCACCAACUCAGGCUCAGGUCACAGUGAAUGGCAACUCUGGCACUGCUGCCAGCCCAGUGAGCCACUUUCAAAGGCCUUUUUCCCCUUCUUCAGCCUUCCCACCACCAGCUUCUCUCAAUUCCAACGUUGUUAUCAUGCAGCAUGGCAGUAUGAUGGAGUCCACAGAGACAUACUCGCAGCACGUYGAGCCUCUUGGCAGCAGCGCCGGCACCAGCACAAUACCCAUCUGUAGAUCCUCAGAGGAAGAGAAAAAAAUUACAGUCAUUAAAGCGCCACAUUAUGCAGGGAUUGGCCCGGUAGAUGAAUCUGGAAUCCCUACAGCAAUUAGAACGACGGUUGACAGGCCGAAGGAUUGGUACAAGACAAUGUUCAAGCAAAUCCAUAUGGUUCAUAAGCCUGAUGACGACACAGACAUGUAUAGCCCUGCCUAUGCAUACAGUGCUGGAAGCUACAGUCCAUCCUUCUCUGCCCAGGCGCACCCAGCUGCCAAGACGCAGACGUACCGGCCGCUGUCCAAAAGCGCCUCUGACAGCAGCUCCGAUGCCUUCAAGGUUUCCUCCCCUCUGGCCCCUCACGUGCCGCCUCCGGUUCCCCCACAUCGUCUGCGGGAAAGGUCCACGUCAGAAAAAAAUGCCUGGGACCCCCCUGACAGAAAGGUGGACACCCGCAAAUUCCGUUCCGAACCAAGAAGUAUUUUUGAAUACGAGCCGGGCAAGUCCUCAAUCCUUGAACAUGAAAGACCGACUUCCUUGUAUCAUCACUAUUCAACAGACAGAGGCCUGGACAGGCCCUCCAGCUCUGCGAGCACCGCGAGUGACUACAGGAAAAGGAGGAAGUCGGAACCCGCCGUAAGUCACCAGAGGGCUCACAGCGACCAGAGCGCGGGCAGGCCCGGGCUGGGCCGCGCCGACACGCAGGGCUCCUGCAGCAGCCUCCGAAAGCCCUUCACGAGCUCCUCGCCCUCCUCGCCGUCCCGAGCAAAAGGUGGGGAUAUUAGCAAAGUAUAUCCAUCCCUUUACAGUUAUUCAGUGCCCAACCACAACACCUCAAAUGAGUUAGAUUACUGUAGCACUUACGGACAACAUUUAGCUGUUCCAAACGAUUCCAGAAGGGCGGUCAGCUACAAGAACGGCUGGCAAAUGACUCGCCAAAAUGCAGAAGUCUGGAGCAGCACAGAAGAAACUGCUUCUCCCAAGAGAAAAUCUCGCAGCUGUGACGAUCUGUUAACAGACGACCACGAUAGCUAUCCUGAUGCACAGGCCAAGUCUGAGAGCAUGGGCUCCCUUUUGUGUGAGGAGGACUCCAAGGACGCCAGCUCCAUGAGCUGGGCCUCCCCGUACGUCCCGGAGGGCCGUGGUAACGGUAGGUCAAGGGUUCGGCACAGAUCGGCACACGAUGCUCCGGGUUUCCUAAAAAUGUACAAGAAGAUGCACCGCAUCAAUCGCAAGGACUUGAUGAAUUCCGAGAUGAUUUGCUCUGUGAAGUCAAGGAUAUUGCAGUAUGAAAAAGAACAGCACAAAGGUAUCCUUCAGGGCUGGAGAGAGUCUUCUACUGAAGAGGUGCCUAGAGACAUGGUGCCAACCAGGAUAUCUGAAUUUGAAAAAUUAAUUCAGAAGUCAAAAUCGAUGCCGAAUCUAGGCGAUGAAAUGYUGUCAGCAGUUACCCUAGAGCCUCCUACAAAUGGCUUGUGUCCAAAGCGGCGAUUUUCUAUAGAGUCCCUGCUGGAGGAAGAAAGCGAAGGGAGACAUCCCCCUCAGGUGCAACGAAACUGCAAGUCUAAAACUCUGGUGCCAAUUCAUAUCGAAGUGACCAGUGAUGAGCCACAGCGGUCGCACAUGGACUUCUCAGACAGUGAUCAAGAUGGAGUGGUUUCUGACCUCAGCGACUUCAUCCAGAUAGAAGGUUCAUCCUUCUGCAGUGAAAGCGACUUUGACCACUUCUCCUUCACCUCAUCCGAAAGCUUCUAUGGAUCGGGCCAUCACCACCACCAYCACCACCACCACCACCACCGGCAUCUCAUCAGCUCCUGCAAAGGGCGCUGCCCGGCCUCCUACACGCGCUUCACCACCAUGCUGAAGCAUGAAAGGGCUAAACAAGAAACCUCCGAAGAUCCUAGGAGACAGCAAGCAGAAUCUGGCCUCUCCAAGAUAGCAUUCCUAGUCAGCCCAGUGCCUUUCCGGAGGAAAAAAAGCGCAGCUCCCAAAAAAAAACCCGAAAAGACAAAAAGUAAAUCAUCUGUAUUUGAAGCACUAGACUCUGCGCUUAAAGACAUCUGCGACCAAAUUAAAGCUGAAAAAAGAAGGGGAAGUUUGCCUGACAACAGUAUAUUACACAGACUGAUUAGUGAGCUGCUUCCAGACAUUCCAGAAAGGAAUUCGUCUCUUAAAGCUCUGAGGAAAAGCCCCAUGCACCAGCCUUUCCAUGCUCUGCCUCAAGAUGGUGCUAUUCACUGCCCACUGUACCAGAAUGAUUGUGGAAGACUCCCCUUUAGUGCCUCUUUCCAAGAUGUGGACGCCACUAACAACAACAGCCAAGACAAUGAUAGUGCACUGUGUUUCCAAGACCAGGAAUCCCCUGGAAGCCAUUCUUCUGCUUUCGCUGAGGUGGGACGGUGUAUUCCCAGGGAGAGAAGAGGAACUACRGACAGAGGAGAGAAACUGCCAGCUAGAGCUGUAUAUGACUUUAAAGCUCAGACUUCUAAAGAGCUGUCCUUUAAGAAAGGAGAUACUGUCUAUAUCCUCAGGAAAAUUGAUCAAAACUGGUAUGAGGGUGAGCACCGUGGAAGAGUUGGAAUAUUCCCGAUUUCUUAUGUUGAGAAACUUUCUCCCCCAGAAAAAGCACAACCUGCCAGACCACCUCCCCCUGCACAGAUUGGAGAGAUUGGAGAAGCUAUCGCCAAAUACAAUUUCAGUGCAGACACAAAUGUGGAGUUAUCGCUCAGAAAGGGAGACAGAAUAAUUCUUCUUAAGCGAGUUGAUCAAAACUGGUAUGAAGGCAGAAUACCAGGAACCAACAGACAAGGCAUCUUCCCGGUUUCCUAUGUAGAAGUCAUCAAAAAGAAUACAUCAAAAAGCAGUGAUGACUACCCUGAUCCUCCAAUACCCCAAAGCUAUUCUAGUGACAGAAUACAUCAUUUAAGUUCAACUAAGCCACAGCGCCCUGUGUUUGCUCAUGAAAACAUACACACUGGGGGGGAACCGUUUCAGGCUCUAUAUAACUAUACUCCUAGGAAUGAAGAUGAAUUGGAGCUCAGAGAGGGAGAUGUCAUUGAUGUGAUGGAGAAAUGUGAUGAUGGCUGGUUUGUGGGAACCUCAAGAAGAACCAAAUUCUUUGGUACUUUCCCUGGAAACUAUGUCAAGAGGCUGUGAAUUUUUUCCCUACUUAUUUAUGCUGCAUCUCUGCAACACAUCUGCAUAAAGCUGCUAGAAAACAUGCUACCCAGGUCUGCUGUUUUCUUGCUUGCAGUCUCAAAUAGAGGCCACCCAGUUCAUCCUCAUCCCAUCCCAUCCGCCAAMGCUCCCAGCAGUAUUACAGCAACGACUGCAGCGUGACUAGCUAAACUUUGCUGAAACAAGAGGAAGCCUUUCAACAUUUAAGUAUUUGUUGYUUUAAACAUUUCGAGACACAAGAAUAGGAGAAGUCUGAUGACAGGUACACAGGUGAAUUGCCAGGAGGGACUGGGGUGGGCUGGUCCUGUUUGGAGCAUUAGUGGUACUAUCCUGAAGCGUAAUGGGAAAAAAUAUACUUUAAACAUGCACACAUUAGAGAGAAGUUGCUGUUUACUAUUAAAAAGUUGUUUGAAUUUCAAAAUUCUUUUUAGCUUGGCAGCUUAUGUUGCUUUCACUUUGCUGUAUCACAAGUUUGCCUAUUGUACUGGUUUACAAUGUAUAAAAAUAAUACAGAUUUUUUUGCCUGCACUUGUUAUGUUUUAACAUAUGCACAGUGAUUGUAAAAUCUCAAGCAAGCCUAGCGAAGAAAGAGGGGAACUUAAAAGUGUCCUGAAUGGGUGCAAUGGUAUUGGCUAAGCCAUUUUUCUUUUUUCCCCCCCAAAAAAAGCAGUAGUGGUUUCUGUUAAAAGGUAAGRAAGUGCAAGAGGCAUGAAACCUUGGUAAACAGGAUUUAAUGACAAGGCAGACAGCGAUAUAAGCAUAGACUAUAACCCGCUACUGAUGUCUGACUUUAAAUGGUUGUAAUCCAAAUGUUGUAAUAGUCAGCAACAUGAAAUGUGAGAGUUUAGUGUUUUUACGUAUCACACGACUUUUAAGCAGGACGUAAACAGUGUUAGUGCAAAAUUUUCUAACAUAGCCACCUGAAA